CAAAAAAACAGAGACUCUCUGUAAAAUAGAAACCACUGAAGUUAGUUGCAUUUGGCGUCACUCCACCCUACACGUCUCUCUCAAAAUCACAGACGAAGAGCCCCUCCUGAUCAUCUAUCAAUCUUCUGAUCUUUCUUUUCCCUGUAUUGACCCUGUAGAGAUCAUCACAUUCCUAUGCUCUGCAUGAAUAUCACGAGAUUCAUCUCAUUCUAUUAUAUUUAGCUUUGCUUUCUCUACUCUACUCUGUUUUUUUCUUUCUCAAUUCUUCUAAAACCCUUGUCUUUUUGACAAAUGGGUACUCGAAAUUUGGAAAAAAUGGCCUCGAUUGAUGCCCAGUUGAGGCUUUUGGCUCCUGGGAAGGUAUCUGAAGAUGACAAAUUGGUAGAGUAUGAUGCUCUGUUGUUGGAUCGAUUUCUCGAUAUUCUUCAGGAUUUACAUGGAGAGGAAAUUCGAGAGACGGUUCAAGACUGUUAUGAGCUUUCUGCUGAGUAUGAAGGGAAGCGUGACCCCCAGAAAUUGGAGGAGUUGGGGAAUGUGCUGACAAGUAUUGAUGCUGGGGAUUCUAUUGUCGUUGGUAAAUCUUUCUCUCACAUGCUUAACUUGGCCAACUUGGCUGAGGAGGUUCAGAUAGCUUACAGACGAAGGAUUAAGUUGAAGAAAGGCGAUUUUGCUGAUGAGGCAUCUGCAACAACUGAAUCGGACAUUGAGGAGACCCUUAAAAAACUUGUGGCGCAAUUGAAAAAAUCACCUGAAGAAGUUUUUGAUGCUUUGAAGAACCAGACUGUGGAUCUGGUCUUCACGGCACAUCCCACUCAAUCUGUCCGUAGAUCUUUACUUCAAAAACAUGCAAGGAUUCGGAAUUGUUUAACCCAGUUGUAUGCCAAAGACAUAACGCCUGACGAUAAGCAGGAGCUUGAUGAGGCUCUGCAGAGAGAGAUACAAGCUGCAUUUCGUACUGAUGAAAUCCGGAGGACACCUCCAACUCCACAAGAUGAGAUGAGGGCAGGAAUGAGCUACUUCCAUGAGACAAUCUGGAAAGGAGUCCCAAAAUUCCUACGCCGUGUUGACACUGCUUUGAAAAACCUAGGGAUAAAUGAGCGCGUUCCUUACAAUGCCCCUUUAAUCCAAUUCUCUUCUUGGAUGGGUGGGGAUCGUGAUGGAAACCCAAGGGUAACUCCUGAAGUUACGAGGGAUGUAUGCUUAUUGGCUAGAAUGAUGGCUGCUAAUUUGUACUUCUCCCAAAUAGAGGAUCUCAUGUUUGAGUUGUCAAUGUGGCGUUGCAAUGAUGAACUUCGUGUUCGUGCAGAUGAACUUCAUCGGUCCUCAAAGAGAGAUGCAAAACAUUAUAUUGAGUUUUGGAAACAAGUUCCUCCAAAUGAGCCCUAUCGUGUUAUUCUUGGUGAUGUAAGGGACAAGCUGUAUUAUACACGUGAACGUGCUCGCCAGUUAUUAUCCAAUGGGAUCUCUGAUGUUCCUGAAGAGACAUCUUUCACUAAUGUUGAACAGUUCUUGGAGCCUCUUGAACUCUGUUACAGAUCACUUUGUGCUUGUGGUGAUCGGUCAAUUGCUGAUGGAAGCCUUCUUGAUUUCUUACGGCAAGUUUCCACCUUUGGACUCUCUCUUGUGAGACUUGAUAUCCGGCAAGAAUCAGACAGGCACACUGAUGUCAUCGAUGCAAUUACUAGACACCUGGCGAUUGGAUCCUACAAAGAAUGGCCAGAAGAACGCAGACAGGAGUGGCUCUUAUCUGAACUUAGUGGCAAGCGCCCUCUAUUUGGCCCUGAUCUUCCCAAAACCGAAGAAAUCACCGAAGUAUUGGAAACCUUUCACGUCAUUUCCGAACUCCCCUCAGACAGUUUUGGUGCCUACAUAAUAUCAAUGGCGACUGCACCAUCUGAUGUGCUUGCUGUGGAGCUUUUGCAACGUGAAUGUCGAGUCAGGCAACCAUUAAGGGUUGUCCCGUUGUUUGAAAAACUUGCUGAUCUUGAAGCUGCACCGGCUGCUAUGGCUCGUCUCUUCUCAAUAGAUUGGUAUCGGAACCGAAUCGAUGGAAAGCAAGAAGUCAUGAUUGGAUACUCAGAUUCGGGUAAGGAUGCGGGUCGUCUAUCUGCUGCUUGGCAGAUGUAUAAGGCCCAAGAAGAACUUAUAAAGGUGGCGAAGGAAUAUGGGGUGAAGCUAACUAUGUUCCAUGGUCGAGGAGGGACCGUUGGAAGAGGAGGUGGUCCGAGCCAUCUUGCUAUAUUGUCUCAACCCCCUGACACUAUUCACGGAUCGCUUCGUGUGACGGUUCAAGGUGAAGUUAUUGAACAAUCAUUUGGGGAGGAGCAUUUGUGUUUUAGAACUCUCCAACGUUUCACAGCAGCUACAUUGGAGCAUGGUAUGCAUCCUCCAGUCUCACCAAAGCCAGAAUGGCGUGCACUGAUGGACGAGAUGGCGGUUGUUGCUACAAAAGAAUAUCGUUCCAUAGUUUUCCAAGAACCCCGAUUUGUUGAAUACUUUCGCCUUGCAACACCAGAAACAGAGUAUGGCCGCAUGAACAUUGGAAGUCGUCCAUCAAAAAGAAAACCCAGUGGUGGAAUUGAAUCACUCCGUGCAAUCCCAUGGAUCUUUGCUUGGACCCAGACAAGGCUUCAUCUCCCAGUCUGGCUCGGUUUUGGUGCUGCAUUCAAGCAUGUCAUUGACAAGGAUAUAAAAAAUCUUCACAUGCUUAGGGAGAUGUACAAUCAGUGGCCUUUCUUCAGAGUGACAAUUGACUUGGUUGAGAUGGUGUUUGCCAAGGGAGAUCCUGGGAUUGCUGCUUUGUAUGACAAGCUCCUAGUGUCGGAAGAGCUAUGGCCAUUUGGUGAGCGCUUGAGGGCAGACUAUGAAGAAACAAAGAGCCUUCUCCUCCAGAUUGCUGGGCACAAGAAUCUACUCGAGGGAGACCCAUACUUGAAGCAGAGACUCAGUCUUCGUUAUGCAUAUAUCACGACCCUUAAUGUGUUUCAAGCCUACACACUGAAGAGAAUCCGUGACCCCAGCUACGACGUGAAGUUAAGGCCACAUCUGUCCAAGGAAAUAAUGGAAUCUUCUAGCAAGCCACAAACUGCGGAGCUUGUGAAGCUUAACCCUACAAGCGAGUUUGCUCCUGGGCUUGAAGACACGCUUAUCUUGACUAUGAAGGGCAUUGCUGCGGGAAUGCAGAACACAGGUUAAUUUCUGGUAUCGUAGCGUGCUUUACAAAUGCGUUGCGUGCUCUUAACCAUUAUAUAUGAGUAUCGUGCUCAGUGCUUGCCAGAGCUAUGCCAGAAUUGGCUUGUGAUACUAUCCAACAAGAAUAUGCUGUAAUGUGAAUUUAUUUGUGCCUAUGUGCAAACUUGGGAUUGGGGGAGACAUUAAAACUUAUCAAACUAGUAAGUUGCUAUAUAUAUAUAGAUAUUAAGGUUAUAAAGGCGCUCGUGUUUGACUCGUUAAAA